AAACAUCCGCACGAGAGAGUCGAGUUCCUGCCCCCCGUUUUUCUUUACACUCUAUUUCCUCCCCCGCUUUCCUCGUCACGUGACCGCGGGUCACAUGACCACGCGGGCGUGGCGGGUGUCAUUUUAAACUGGCUGCGGAGGUGCCUCUGCCUCCGCCUUCUGUCGCUGAAGGAGCGCGGGCGCGCGGCGGCUUGCUGCCUUGCCUGUCCUCGCGCCGCCUGCCGGGAUGCUUCGGCUGCUGCCCUGCUGGGCGCUUCUGCUGCCCCUGUGGAACUCCGCAGCCUGGAAGCCGACUGGCCGUUACCCGCUGACUGACACGGGCGGGCUGGGCUUGGAGUUCGACGGCAUCGGGGCCGUCAGCGGCGGAGGGGCUACCUCUCGGCUUUUGGUGGAUUAUGAGGAACCUUACCGCUCACAGAUUUUAGAUUACCUUUUUAAGCCAAACUUCGGUGCUUCUUUGCACAUUCUCAAAGUGGAAAUUGGUGGUGAUGCACAAUCAACAGAUGGAACGGAACCAUCCCAUAUGCACUAUGAAAAUGAUGAGAAUUAUUUUCGUGGUAAAGGGAGUGGUGGCUGAUGAAAGAAGCUAAAAAGAGGAACCCUAAUAUUAAAUUAAUUGG